AUGUUGAACAAAACAAUUCUGAAAUUCUCCAAACCCUCUAAACCAAUUCACGACGACAAGAUUUACACAAAGAAAUCAGGCGUUAAACGAUUUAUCAAGAAACUUUUAAAGAAGUCCUUUUGUUCGACUUCGAAGGAUGGUAAGAAAGAGAUCGCCAAGAAGGUGAUGAUCAUCAUUGAUCCAAAGGAUCUGGAUUCCAACAUUUCAUGCGAAAGAGAAUUAUCCGAAAAGGAAUCGAGUUGCCAACAGGCUUCAUUUCAGAAAGAAUCGAAUGAUCAAUUUUUAUCAGAGAAUACGCCGGAGAAAUCCUCCGAGAAAGAAUCAACCUAUCAAGUUUCAUUAGAGAAAGCACAACUUUUACUAGAAAAAUCAACCGAGAUAGAAUCCGAUUAUCAAGUAUCAAUGGAGAGAACGCAAUUUGUAUUUGAGAAAACGCAACUCACAUUUGAGAAAACACGCGAGAAUAAAGACACCGAGAAAAAACGUCAACGCCGCCAACAUAAACGCGGAACUCAUAAUAUUCAGCGGAAGCCUUCUUUUAGUCGUCGACGUGCUUCUGUAACCCGCCGCGACCCAUCCCACGCACGCCGCACAACAAUGACUCCACCGCCAAAGCACCCGGCAAGGUACCUUGCAAAACUUCCCGUGGCGAACGAACCCCUCAACCUUACCACAAACUCUACGGAGAAACGUUCGACCGGGGAGCGUCCCACCUCAUUCUCUUCACCGCUCAAGCUUCUCAAAUUCAAAGUCUACUUCAACUUCGAGAAUCCUGAUUACUGCAUUGAUGUCAGAGUACCGCACGGUGUCACUCUGAAUUCGUUUAAACAUUACGUGGCCCAAAAUUAUGGUCAUGAGUUGAAUGAGAAGUGUAAAGUGUUGUAUCACCCACAGAAAUUUGAUCCGAAAAGAGAUGUGGUAGACGUGUUAUCGGAAAAGAACUCCAAGAGUUCAAGCAAGAAGAAUAAUAAUAGCAUGGUGAGAACGGAUCUCCGAGGAAAUGAUGCUUUUCGCAACGGUAAAAUAAAGCGUGGCGGUAUCAGGUACAAAUAUUCAAAGAAGAAUAUACACUUUGUGGAAAGCGAGUUAGAGUGGCAAGUGUUAUCGAGCGCUUUCGGUAGUGACGAAGAUGUUUGCGUUACCAUAUAUUAUGGGGAUAUGUAG